UGCUUACAUAAGGAACCAAAACAUAUUUUUCCGCUCUCUUUUUGGGGCUUCACCAAACGCAGCCCUAAUUCCAGAGACUUCUCUACUCCUCUCUUCUCCUCCUCAGUGUUUUUCUAUUUGUAUUUCCUCGUCUCCAAGGAACCCGGAAACAACUUCGAUUGCUUUCAGAAAUACCUUGGCAUUUUUAGCUUAGGUCAAAUAGCAUCAAAGUUUGACCCCUCUUUGGUCGAAGUUUUGGGCACAGAGAGAGAGAGAGAGAGAGAGAGAGAGAGAGAGAGAGAGAGAAGGAUUUAAGGUGGGGAUCUGAAAGAAUGGUAGAAGAAUCAGAGCAUACCCAAAAUCUAUGGAUGAGUGUAGAGGAAUCCUCAAGAGUUGAAAUUGACGAUAGUGUGUCAUUGAUGACGGAGUCGAUGAUGACAGAGGAGGACAUCAAAGCUUCACAUCCUCCUCCUCCUCCUCCUCAACCUCCCACAUCUGAUGGUCAAUUGGGUGUUGUAGAGAGAGCCUUCUCGGCCGCCGGUGCCGCCUUUCUCUCGGCAAUCCUUGUCAACCCACUCGAUGUUGCCAAGACAAGGUUGCAAGCACAGGCUGCUGGAGUUCCUUACUCUCAUCCACUAAGUAAUGUUACAAGUCGCAUGGCCUUUUUUGGACCAAACAUGAUGUUUGCAGAUCUAAGGUGUUCUCCAUCAUGCGCCCGUGCUGGUGUUCAUGGUACUGUAUCAAUUUGUCCUCCUGAUUGUUUUCAUUACAAGGGAACUCUAGAUGUCUUCUACAAAAUCAUUCGACAGGAAGGAUUUGCAAGACUAUGGAGAGGCACAAAUGCGGGUCUAGCCCUUGCUGUACCAACUGUUGGGAUCUACCUGCCAUGUUAUGACAUUUUCUGCAACCAGUUGGAGGAAUUCACGGCGCAGAAUAUUCCAAGCAUGACACCUUAUGCCCCUUUAAUAGCAGGUUCACUGGCACGCUCAUUAGCUUGCACAACUUGCUACCCUAUUGAACUUGCUAGAACACGAAUGCAGGCAUUUAAGGAGUUUCAGACUGGUAAGAAGCCUCCUGGUGUAUGGAAGACUUUAAUUGAAGUUGUCUCCCCUGUCAAGAGCCCAAGUAACCUUCAAAACCAUUUGCAGAACUAUCGUGUCCUGUGGACAGGCCUUGGGGCACAGCUUGCUCGUGAUGUCCCUUUCUCUGCAAUCUGUUGGGGAACCCUUGAGCCAAUCAGAAGAAGACUUCUUAGUCUAACAGGUGAUGAAUCCAAUGCAGUCACUGUCCUUGGGGCAAAUUUCUCUGCUGGUUUUGUUGCAGGAAGCCUUGCUGCUACUGCUACAUGUCCGUUAGAUGUUGCAAAAACCCGGAGGCAGAUAGAGAAGGAUCCCGCUAGGGCACUUAGGAUGACAACAAGACAAACACUGAUGGAAGUGUGGAGAGAUGGAGGGAUGAAGGGACUGUUUACAGGUGCGGGUCCUCGUGUUGGGCGUGCAGGGCCUUCUGUUGGGAUUGUGGUUUCAUUUUAUGAAGUGGUGAAGUAUGUUCUACAUCAUCACUAUGCAACUUCAUGACAAGACAGACGGGUUUGAAGUCUUGCUUGACUUGGUGGAGACACUUGUUCUUUGAGAAACACAUGAAGAGGAGCAAUUUUGAUUAUGGUAGAUGGCUCUUCUCAAGUCCUAGUGCUGCAAAUUCUCUCUAUCUCCCCUUUUUUUCAUCCAAUUUUGGCUGUUAUCUGUUCUGACUGUUCAGUUGAUAAGGAACUUUUGUAACAUUUUGGUCAUCCGGUAAACUUCAUUUAUUUAUGUUUUUUGGCUGAGUUGAUCGCAGUUUGCUUAAUUCUUGGUUCAAGGUAUAGUGUCGUGGAACGAUUGAAAAUCUCAAUGAAAAGAACAAUUUGCAUAA